AUGGCUCACAGCGGACUUCAGAAAAACAGAGAGCGUUUUUAUUGUUCUAUCUGCCUGGAGUUACUCAACAACCCCGUGACAACGCCGUGUAAGCACAACUACUGCAUGAGCUGCAUUAAAAAGUUUUGGGACGAAGAGGACCAGCGCAGAGUUUACAGCUGUCCGCAAUGCUGCCAGACGUUUAGACCAAGGCCUACCCUGGCUGUUAAUACAAUGUUAGCAGAUUUGGUAGAAGAUCUGGAGAUAGCAGCAGGAGACCAAGAAGUGAUCUGCGCAAAACAUAACGAAGCAAUGGAGAUGUUUUGUCAAAUCGACCAGUGCUGCAUUUGCGUCAUAUGCGCAAAGUUUGAGCAUAGAAAUCACACUAUGGUGCCGGCUGCUGUAGCUAGGACAGAAAGACAGAAAGAGCUAGAAACAAAACAACAAAAAAUCCACCAGCAGAUGUCAAAUAAAGAAAGAGAUCUCCAAGUGCUUCAGAUUGAACUGGACAAAACGUUCAAUUCAGCAGACAAAGCCACCAAAGACUGUGAUCACAUUUUCGAUGAGUUGCAAAGUCUCAUCCAGAAAAGACACUCUGAAGUGAGGCAAGAAAUCAGAUCCAACUUGGAAAAAGAAGUAGUACGCGUGCAAAAACUUCAGGAUAAGCUUGAGCAAGAAAUUACAGAGUUAAAGUGGAAAGAAGCUGAAGUUGGGAAGCUGUUUGUUUACCAAAACGACAGCCAGUUUUUGGAGGACUUCCCAUCUGUGGCUGGCAUCAAUGCCACACACGAGUUACCAAGGAUUAAAACUCAACCACGGUCAUGCUUUGAAAAUGUGGCAGUGAAUAUCUCAAAAACAAAAGAUAAAAUAAAGCAGAUUUUGUAUGAAAACGUAGCAAAAGAAAUGCCGGUGUCCCCCUUGAACACAGAGCCAUCAAGCAGAGGUGAACUUCUACAAUAUGCUUGCCACAUUACACUGGAUCCAAACACAAUGAAUGCCCAACUGGCUUUAUCCGAGGACGACAGAAGGGCUACGUUGCUGCGAGAAGAAACGACAUAUCCAAACCAUCCAGAGAGAUUUUUGCGAUGGCGCCAAAUUCUGAGCAAAGCCAGUCUGAGUGAUGGCGGACGUUGUUAUUUCGAGGUGGAAUGGAGGAAGAAGCGUGUGACAGUGGCCGUGGCAUACAAGGACAUCGCCAGGGCAGGUCCCAUGACAGAUGUGGCUUUUGGAUUUAAUGAAAAGUCUUGGGCCCUGGAGUGUAAUACCAGUAGUAGUUACAAGUUCAUACACAAGGCUGUCAAAACUCCCAUUUCGGGGCCCUGGACUUCGAGGAUAGGAGUGUACUUGGAUCACAGAGAGGGUGUGCUUGCGUUUUACAGUGUUUCGGACACAGUGACUUUGCUUCAUAGAGUUCAAACAGUCUUCACACGGCCGUUAUAUGCAGGACUGUGGUUUGGAGGUUAUCAAGGGGCCUAUGCAGAGUUCUGUGAGCUGCACAAAGAAAAUCCUUGA